AUGAGUGGGAAGAGCUUCCUGCUGAAGGUGAUCCUGCUCGGGGACGGAGGGGUGGGCAAAUCCUCCUUAAUGAACCGCUACGUCACCGACCGCUUCGACUCGCAGUCGUUUCACACCAUCGGCGUGGAGUUCCUCAACAGGGACCUGGAAGUGGACGGACGCCUGGUGACCCUUCAAAUCUGGGACACGGCCGGCCAAGAGCGCUUCAAGUCCUUGCGCACGCCUUUCUACCGCGGCGCCGACUGCUGCCUGCUCACGUUCGCCGUUAACGACCUGCAGAGCUUUCAAAACCUCAGUUGCUGGAAGAAAGAGUUUAUGUAUUACUCUGAUGUGAAAAAUCCCGAGCAUUUUCCUUUUGUGGUGCUGGGGAACAAGGUGGACAUGGAGCAGAGGCAAGUAGGGGAGGACGAAGCGCGGGCCUGGUGCGAGGAGAACGGCUGCUUUCCUUACUUUGAGACCAGCGCUAAGGACGACACCAACGUCACGGCCGCGUUCGAGGCAGCCGUCAGGGAGGUUCUGGCCGCCGAGGAGCAUAUUGACCACUCUGUACUGAGCGGGACUAUAGAUCUCCACGGCAACCGUAAAAUUUCUCGUGGGUCCUGCUGCUAA